UCCAGUACUACUUUCUUUUGCUUAACGUAUAACAUAGUCGAUCAUUGGAAGCUCGAAGAUAUGGCAGCACCAAUGGUUAAAAAGAGUUGGAUGAGAAAUUCUUUCAACAUUGCAGCUGUUGUGCUUAUGUUGCUGUUUUUGGGCACCGAUUGCGAGGCGCAUCUGUCUCCAAAGUUUUAUGACAACACGUGUCCGAAUGCACUGAGCACUAUUCGGACUGCUAUUAGAACAGCAGUUUCACGCGAACGUCGGAUGGCGGCAUCUCUUGUUCGUCUCCAUUUCCAUGAUUGUUUCGUGCAGGGCUGUGAUGCAUCGAUUCUACUGAAGGACGCCGAAAGAAACGCAUUCCAAAAUAAGGAUUCUGUAAGAGGUUAUGAAGUCAUUGACAGUGCCAAAGCUGAGGUAGAGAAGACAUGCCCUGGAGUUGUAUCCUGCGCAGAUAUUCUUGCGCUGGCAGCACGAGACGCAUCAGUUGCUGUGGGUGGCCCAUCUUGGACAGUGAAGCUCGGAAGAAGAGAUUCCACAACUGCAAGCUUAACACUAGCCGAGAGAGAACUUCCAACUGCCGCAGACAGCCUUGACAAACUUAUUUCUAACUUUGCUGGCAAAGGCCUUAGUGCAAGAGAUAUGGUCGCUUUGUCAGGUUCCCACACACUAGGGCAAGCUCGAUGCAUCACAUUUCGAAACCGGAUAUACGACGACGAGAGUGACAUUGAUGCUGGAUUUGCUAGCACUCGCAAGCGUCGUUGUCCUGUUACUGGUGGCGAUCAAAACUUGGCAGCGCUAGACUUGGCGACACCAAAUUCUUUUGACAACAACUACUUCAAGAAUUUAAUUCAAAAGAAGGGCCUCCUUGCAUCAGAUCAAGUCCUCUUUAGUGGAGGGUCGACAGACAGUGUUGUUUCGGAAUAUAGUAGAAGCCCUGCUACUUUUAAGUCUGAUUUUGCCUCUGCCAUGAUUAAAAUGAGUGAAAUUGAACCUCUCAUUGGCUCAGCUGGGCAGAUAAGAAGGAUCUGUAGUGCUGCCAACUAGCUAGUUAAAAAUGCUAUUUCUCAAACACUUAGAAGUAUGCAACUUGUUUCGUUCCUCCAGUUUGUUAUGUUUUUGUUAUUAAUUGUUUUUUUUUUUUUUGAAUUAUUGCAAUUGUAAAAAGGGAAAUUUUACAGUUUGUUAAUUGUAAUGAGAAACCUAUGGUGAUAAUUGUUAUUA